AUGGCCCAACAAGACCUGGUGCAGCCGACAAACACAACCGUCAUAACAGGCGUCGCCAUUGAAGCCACAGGUACUGAUCGCGUUCAUGUCGUCACAAGGAAGGAUACCAGGCGAUUCCGAUACCGAACAAGUAUCAUUGUUGGAAAUAUUUUGCGAUACUUCGACACUAUGAGAAUACAGAGGUUCAAAGGAGUGCUGAUUUAUGUUAACAAUGUCGAACGAGGCCAGCCUGAAAUCUAUGUAGUGCUAGAGGAGGCACAGAUUGGUAUCCGUGUCAGGGAAUCAUUUGCCAUCGACGUUGAUCGUUACUCUAACUAUCAGGAGAGUAUGGGUUUGCUGAAUGUUGCCAUCAGUGUACCUCCGCAGUACGGAGUGCGCCCAGAUGGAGACAAAACUAGGGAAGCAGAGAUGCGACAAAGAUAUAAUCUACCAAGAGUAGCUGGAUUGAUGAGACCGUUCCCAGAUCAGGCAUCUGCCAGCUUCAUGCAAUCAUUAACUUUGAAUGAUGUGAACUCGGAGGCGUAUAGACAACAAAUCAUCAAUAUGUACAGAGUACAGGGUUCUGGAGAACCCGGGUCAGAGCAAUCGCUAUCGUCCGUUAAUCAAGCCGGAAUGCCAACUGAGAACAUGUUUACCACAAGCAGAGAUGAGGAUAAAAAGUUUGAGGUGUUCCCUGAAGCGUCAAUGAAGAGUGGUCCUAUCUACAAAGUAGCACCAAAAUACGAAUCUGGACGCUAUCGGUUCUAUCCAAUCACAGGUCAAUCUCUCAAUCAAAGAUUACAAACAUGUCGCGACCUUCAGCAACAAAACAUCAUCAACGUUCAACCUAUGCAAUCCCAACUCACGGAAGCUUACGGAAUGUCGCAGUGUCCGGAUAAUCCAGCAGCUAUAAUUUCGGAAUGCGGAGAUUCCGUACCGUGCCUCUACGAUUAUACAACUUUGAACGCUAAGGUAAUCAUUUAA